ACGCGUGUGUCUAUGUGUGUGUGUGUAUGUGUGUCAGUGUCUACAAAGGAUUCCCUUAGAAAAGCACAGCAAACUCUCCUCAAAAAGCUUGCGUAGACUUGGCUGCUGCAUGAUAUAAUAACUAAGGUAGCGAUAAUAUUAGCACAAUGACAGCGAAAGGAAAAUACGAUAAUCAGAGACAAAACAUUGCAUACUGCAAACUGAACAAUAUAAUACAGCAAAAGUUGAGGGCAAUCUUUGAGGUGUCGCUACCUUAUAUUAUUGUAUCAUGUCUGUGUCUACAAAGGAUUCCGAUAGUAAAGCGCAGCAAACUCUCCUUAAAAAGCUUGUGUAGACUUGGCUGCUUAAUGAUACAAUAAUGCAAGGUAGCGACAAAUAAAAAAUAAUUAAGGCAGCGAUAAUUUAAUGUCAGCGAUAGGGAAAUACGAUAAUCUGAAAUUGUGUGCGGUCAGAGCGAGACAAAACAUUUCAUAGCCUAUUCAGGAUGUAUUUAAUAUUAAUUGUAGAUAAAUCAGAUUUUGUUGUUGUUGUUGGCAAACUCAAGGAAAUAACGGAACCAGCACUCACACAUGUGCGCCUCACUUAAAGUGGUUAAAGAUCGAUUUGCAUGGCUCUGAAUUUCUAUCUGUGUUUUUUUUUUUCAAAUCAAAGUAAGCGUAUGCUUUAAUAAUAUAAAGCGUAUGAUUUCGUGUCGUACGUUUGUAUAGAUUUAUCUCAGUCAAAAUAUAGUGUCACAGGCUUUCCAGAAAUUUGAAAAAAUACUUCUUUUCUUUGUACAUUUUGUGCACAUCACGUAAAAUCCAUAAGUACUAGGUUCAAAAUAAUAAUAUUAACGCAUAUAAAUAUUGGUAAAAUGGCUGUUAAUGUGCACUCGACAAAUGUAUCUUCGCAAAAUUGGUCGCGCCAUGAGAUGCUGACCUGGGUCAAUACACAAUUGCAAGCACAGUUCAAAAAGAUUGAGGAACUCUGCACUGCUUAUUGUCAGUUUAUGGACAUGCUUUUCCCCAACUCGGUGUCCUUGAAGCGAAUCAAGUUUCGUGCCAAUCAGGAGCACGAAUUUGUGCAUAACUUUAAGCUUUUGCAGGCGAGCUUUCAGAAGAAUCAGGUCGAAAAGGAAAUACCCAUUGAGCGUUUGAUCAAGGGACGUUUUCAGGAUAAUUUCGAGUUUCUACAAUGGUUCCGUAAGUUUUUCAAAGCCAAUUACAAUGGCAAGCCCUAUAAUGCAUUUGAGGCCCGUGAUCGGGCGCCGAUGGGCUUCGGUGCCAGUGUGGUAGUGCAAAAUGUGUACAGACCACCACCACCGUCACAUAAUUUGGUGAAUCCCCGACCUAUGCCUGUAUUUGCCGAUCAUCAGAUACGCACACGCACAUUCGUUAGCGAUGGUUCAACAUUUCGCAAACAUGUUACCAAUAAUCCAUUGAGCCUAAGGAGCAAACAAUACAAUACAGAAAAGACCGAGCAGGAGCGCGACUUGUAUAUAUCCAAGUUGCGAGAGGUGCGAAUGAUCUGUGAGGAGAAUAGUAAUAAUAAUAGUCAGGACAAUGGCAAUAAUCAAGUGCUUCAAAAGAUUAUCAAAAUUGUCGAUGAAAUCGAUAUUCCCAUGGAGGAAUUUCCCUAUGAUGAUGAUGAUGAUGAAAAUGAUCAUCUGGUUGAUGAUGAUGAUGAUGAGGAUGAUGACGAAGAUGCUGAUGAUGUUAAACAUGUCGAUGAUGACAAUAAUGUGAAAAUGGUAGAUACAUUCGAUAAUCCAGUCGAAUAUUAGGCUGGCCCUCAUUUGAGGGCACACACACACACACACACGCACACCAUUACUGGACAUCUGGGCAUCGAUACUGGGAAUUAAAAACAUAUGUACACGCAAACCUAUCCAACAGAAUAUGUAUUUCUUAAAAUGUCCUUUUGUUAUUUUAAGACUUGUAUACUUUCAUUGAGAGGACAACAAAAUAGACACGCAUUCAAAUUCACAAGUUGCAAUUAAGAAUAAUAAUAAAUAUGGAGCUGCUGAGCUUCUAAUUUUAAUCUUUAAAGUA